ACUAAGAUAGAGCAGUUCUCUCUCCCUCCACCCUCGAAUGGCAGAUGCGACCGUGAAUAUUUGACAAGUUGACUCUCGCUGGAACAAGAGCGCAAAAUGGGACUGUGGCGAUCGUGCGGUACUUUCCCGCUUUUCUGCGCCCUGCUGCUGACGCUACAAGCCCUCCGAGGCAAGUUUGGGGCUCAGGCGGGGAUAAGUUCUGCAGCAGACAGGAGGUUUUAUCGGAUUAGGUGGGAAAAAACGGAAGAAUCGUUGACAAACGGCAGAGAAGUUUUUAACUGGGAUAAAGCGGAAUCCGUCGGCGUCAACGCAAAGUGGGGUGAAACGCUGGCGGCACUUGGCGAUGAGGCGCCGAAAAUGCACCCAAACUACCCCGAAAUGCCGGGAGUUCAAAACAGACAUGUGGUUAAAAGGAGUGCAGAGGCUGCCGAAGGGGUUUCCAACUACAGAACCGAGUACCGGCGUGUUGGGGAGGAUGGCAAAGGUUCGUACCCCAGGCAAAGUGAGCCCCACCUGGACACCUCCACCUUUGCUCUGUCGGGGGAUUCUGCACACAACCAGGCGAUGGUGCACUGGUCCGGCCACAACAGCAGCGUGAUCCUCAUUCUGACUAAGCUGUAUGACUUCAACCUGGGGGCUGUUACCGAGAGCUCUCUGUGGAGGUCGAAUGAUUAUGGGAGCACAUACACCAAACUCAAUGACAAGGUGGGCUCCAGGACCGUCCUGAGCUAUCUUUACGUGUGUCCCACCAACAAACAGAAGAUAAUGAUGCUCAGCGACCCGGAGGUGGAGAGCGCCGUUCUCAUCAGUUCGGAUGAGGGGGCAAGCUUUGAGAAGUAUCCCAUUAGCUUCAACAUCCUCAGCCUCCUCUUCCACCCGGCACAGGAAAACUGGAUCCUGGCCUACAGCCACGACAGCAAGCUGUACAGCUCAAUGGACUUUGGGAAGAAGUGGCAGCUUGUGCACGACAACGUGAUGCUGGGACGAUUCUACUGGGCCGCAAUGGGGCUGGACAGAGAGGCGGACGUAGUCCACAUCGAGACGCGCAUCACAAAAGGCCGUGCUCAGUAUGUGAAGUGCAGAGCCCAGCGCUGCACGGAGGCCAACAGACAGUACCUCUUUCCAGGAUACGUGGACACCAACUCCUUGGUUGUGCAGGAUGAAUAUGUUUUCACUCAGGUAACCAAGUCCGGACGAGCUAGCUACUAUGUGUCCUACAUGAGAGAACCGUUCAAACGCAUGCAGUUACCUAAAUAUUGCCUGCCAAAGGACAUGCAUAUUAUCAGCACAGAUGAGAAGCAGGUGUUUGCGGCGGUCCAGGAGUGGAACCAGAACCACACUUACAGCUUGUACAUCUCUGACUCGCCCGGGGUCUACUUCACCCUUUCACUGGAGAACCUAAGAACCACCAGAGGACCGACUGGUAACCUGCUGGUGGACUUCUACAAGGUGGAGGGAAUAAACGGCAUGUAUCUGGCCAACAAGCUGGUGGAUCAUCACGUCAAGACGUUCAUUACAUACAACAAAGGACAAACGUGGGCUUUGCUGCCGGCUCCUGCCACCGACGUGGCCGGGAAUAAUAUCCAUUGCGUUACGCCUUUUUGUUCGCUGCAUCUUCAUCUGGAGAUGUCGGAGAAUCCCUACACCUCCGGGCCCAUCACCAGCAAAAAGUCUGUACCCGGAAUCAUUGUGGCAACAGGGAAUAUUGGAACGGAAUUGUCCUCAGCCAACCUUGGAAUGUUUAUAACAUCUGAUGCAGGAAAUAGCUGGAGACAGAUAUUUGAUGAAGAGCACAACAUUUGGUUCCUUGACAACGGAGGUGCUUUGCUGGCCUUGUUGCACGCGCCCACUCCCAUUCGACACUUGUGGAUCAGUCUAGACGAAGGCAAGAAAUGGGACCGCCACACUUUCUCGCUGGCUCCUCUGUACGUGGACGGAGUCUUGAUGGAGUCUGAAUCGGACAAUCACAUUAUCACUUUCUUUGGACACUUCAGCCAUCGUUCAGAGUGGCAGCUAAUGAAGAUAGACUACAAGGGCCUGUUCAGUAGGAGAUGCAUGGAUGGAGAUUAUCAGACAUGGUUCCUGCACAACAAGGGUGAGCUGUGUGUGAUGGGUGAGAAGCAGACCUAUAUGAAGCGCCGACCCGGAAACCGCUGCAUGCUGGCCCAGGACUAUUCCAGAAUCUAUUCAUCCGAGCCGUGCCAAUGCACCACCUACGACUUUGAAUGUGACUACGGCUGGGAACGCCGCACGGACGGAAAGUGCUCUCCUGCUUUUUGGUUUAAUCCAAACAGUGUGGCUAAAAGCUGCAGCAUGGGACAGAGCUUCCUCAACAGCACAGGGUGGGUCAUCAUUGUCCAUGUCAUCCAGGAGGAGCUCCUCACGAGAGCAGCAGGAAAUUGGGCGGAAGUCACAGAAACAGAACAGAAAGCAGAACUUUGGUAUCGUAAGGUUUUAUCCAAUAACUGCAAAGAGUCCGGGCGGAACGUGUACUCGCCCAGACGGCAGGCGUGUCAUCCCAGACCACCCAGAGGCCUCCGCUUGACCACUGGCAGCAGCAGCGGUGGCGGCGAGCUGAGUGCUCGCGUAGGAAGCAACGUGACUUUCAUGGUCCACCUUGAAGAAGGAGACUCACUGAGGACCAGCAUCCAGCUGGACUUCGGGGACGGCAUCCGGAUCACUUACUCAAACCUGAGCCGGGCCGACGACGGCAUCAAGCACAUCUACAGAGCGACCGGGAUUUACCGCGUGACCGCCUCGGCUGAGAACAGUCAAGGAUCUGACAGCUGCACGCUCUUUUUACACAUCACCAGUCCAGUGGAGCGUGUUUAUCUCUCUGCUCCUAUUGUGGCCGUCAGGGGUAAGGAGACCAACUUGACUGCGCUGGUUUGGCCGAGUCACAUCAGAACGUUGACCUUCUUCUGGUGGAUUGCCAACAGCUCCGAGCCAAUCAUAACACUGGAGGGGAGUAUCUCCUACACGUUUCAGAAAGAGGGAACAAACAAGGUCACGGUCCAAGUGGCUUCUGGGAGCACUGUGAUGCAGGACUCCAGAGUCUUAACAGUGAAAGAGUUCUUCAGGUCGCUGCUGCUGUCAUUCUCGCCGGCACUUGACGAGCACAAUCCUGACAUCCCGGAGUGGCGGGAGGACAUAGGCCGGGUGGUGCAGACAACUCUGUCACAGGUCUCUGGUGUUCCUGCCAAUCAGUUGCUGGUUUCUUUGUAUCCUGGACUUCCAACCACAGCGGAGCUUUUCAUUCUGCCUGAUGUGCUCACACCAAACGAGCAGAACGAAAUGCAGACGAUAUCAGAUGUAUUUGUCAACGUCCUGAACCAAGAUCUGGUCCAGUUUGAGCUGAAGGCUAACACUCGCAUCACUGUGUACAUCACUCAGCAAACACUGGCCCCACUGGUGGAUUCCAGCGCCCUCCACAGCGGGUCUGCAAUGUUGGUGCUGAUCUCGGUGGUGUUUGUCGGUUUAGCGGCUUUCUUCAUUUACAAGUUUAAAAGGAAAAUCCCAUGGAUCCAUGUGGAAACCGAGGACAGUCAGGAGAAAGAGCCCGAAGUGAUCAGCACAGUCAGUCAGAACGACAUGUCCAAGGUCAAGCUCAGUGAGUUUCCCUCUGAGAAAGAAUUCAUGGAAAAGGAGCUGGAGGCCAGGAAAAGAGGAACAAUGGGAAGGAACAUGGAGAGAAUUGUAACAAGGGAAUACCCAAACUGUACUAACGUCUAAGACAUGCACACUGUAACCCAGUAAGUACAGACUGUUGUGUUUCCAUCGUGCUGCAAAUUGUUGGCUAUAUUAUUAUUAUUGUUAUUAUUUCAUGCUGAUGGUGGCUAUACUGUAAAUCAUGUUUUCAAGUGUAAAGCCUAGAGUACCGUAGGUACAGUAUCUACUUGACAGUACUUGAUAAGGAUUCAUCCACCAAGCUAGACUGUGAAGGAACUGUUACAAGGCAACAUGACGACUUUAGUAGGAAAUUGUACAAAAACGUAAGCUUAUAUUUGGUAUGAUGAACUUCCAUGUACUGAUAGCAGUUGCUACAUACGGCAUAGAUCACACGUUGCUGGGUAAAGUAACAUACAUGGUCGAGACCCAUACAUGGAUCUUCUUACUCCUUGCACAAGUUCCAUUAAUAGUUGGCCAUAAGUCAACAUUGUCAGCCACGUGUUCUGUUCCUGUGUAUAUCAGUCGUGCGCUGUGAGCCAACACCUUUGUCACCUCUUGCUGUCUGAUGACCUGACCAUAAGCUUGUACAUAAAGUUGUCUGCUGCAGUUCCCCAAUACUGUAGUCUGUCCACUCAUUGUGUCCCGUGUCCAUAUUGCUAUAUUAUCAAUAUUCUUUUUAAAGACUAAACCAAACCAAAUAUAGAUAUCUAUACUGUAUAUACAGCUUGUAUCGCAGUAUAGAUUUGACAUGAGUGCGGUGUACUCGCGUGGGGUUGUGUUAUUGAGUCAUUUUCAGUGGAAGCUAUAUUGAUCCUAGUCCUUAUUUAAGAAUGGGAGACUGUUGUAGUUAGAGCAUAAAACCAGUUCACAACCUUCUACAUAUCGUUUUUGCCAUUAUUAGAGCCCUCUAGACAUGAAAUAACACCCCAUGGUCACCUUUACACCUGUAUUGCCCAGUACGGCAGAUAUAAUCAGAAAAAAAGCCAUACAAGUCACAAAUAAGACUCAUGCUCAUUUGUGUUGCUAUAAAUGUUUUCCAGACGUGUGGACGGGAACUGACGUCGAGGGUUCAGAGUUGAGUUUUAGCUGGAUUACGGCCACAACAGUAGCCCAUGUUAUUAGUAUGAUUAUUAUUGUGUUAUUAUUGGGGCUGUUGCGAGAUAAUUCAAACGUGCAACAAAAGCCUGCGGUUCCAGCGAUCAAGUCUGGUGCAUGUUACUAGGGACACCUACCGACCAGUGUAUAAUACUACACUUCAUCAACGUAAUGCCUUAUGCUGUAUGUCUAUUUUAGUUCAUUUAGGCAUUUUUAUGCUUGAAAAUGCUUAAUUUAGGCCAAGAAUAUGCUAAAUAUAUGUUUUUUUGUUUUGUUUUGUUUUUUUUUACCAAUAAUAGGCUGGAGUCAACCACAAAACAGUAAUCAUUUAUUUUUUUUAUUUUUUAUUUUGCGUGAUGUCCGAACGAGGCAUGACUUUAUACGUCCAACAUGUUGAGGGCUUGAAAAAGUCAUGGUGAAAAUUGAGUGUAAAAGUCCAAUUAGAAUCCAUAACCUGAUGGGCAAUGGUUUAAACUAACAUUUGAACAUUCUUAACUGUCAUAUAAGUGUAAAAAUAAGUUCACCACUGAUAAUUCUAGUACAUAAAACAUACCAUUUUAAUUUCAUUGAUGAUGGCUGGAAUGCAAAGAUGAUUUGGCAUGGUAGAAGCACCUUACAUAUGUCACUUUUUAACUUCUUGACUGUCACGCCGUGUAGGAAAAAAAUGUACCACCUGGUUUACAGCGGUUAAUUGGUUCCAGACUCCACCGUGUCAAAUGAUAUUUUCAUAGAACACAGAAAACCAGUUGACUUUCUAAAUAAGUUGUUUAACAUUAGAGCCCUCUAGACAUGAAACAACACCCAUAUAGCCAACCUUACACUCCUACUAUUCAUUGUUUACACCACAUUGCAACUUUUAGGCUGCAGAGACUCCAGACCACCACUAGCUACUGAGCUAACAAGCUAGCAAGCUAGCUAGCUAACCAGUUAGCCUCAAAUAUAUUUCUUCUAAACUUAAGAAGCCAAAAACCUACCACUUCCACACGGAAUGGGAUGAUAAGACUUGCCAUGGCUGCCUCGGUGACUUCAUGCGGUGUUAAGGUAAUGCAAUAUAAGGUAAUGUCUCAAUGUUUUGUGUCAUUACUGCCACUUAGUGACCAGAAAAGUACAGAUCAAUUGUAUUUCAAUGUUUUGACUAAUAAUACACCACAGUCUACCAUGAAACAACGGCCAUUUAAUCAUUAAUUUCGGAAAAAAACGUAAGGUAGCGAUAAUCAAACCACAAUACUGCGAGGGACGACUGUAAAACGUAAAAACAAUGAAAAAGUUAGAUAACGAGCUUUGAAUGGGAGUCUUAUUUCACGUGACUUCCUGUCAAUGUUCUUUUUGGAAUGAGUGUUGCAAAAUAAAAAGCAAAGAAAUGUUUAAGUGAUGCUUAAAGUGAAUCAUUUGAUGUUCGCUGAACUGAGGUCUAGUGAGGUACACCUGAGUUUUGUUUUCGUGCGAAAUCUGAGGCAUCUGCUUCUGAAAAUGUACGACUAAUUACAACUCAAAUCACUUUUGUACAAAAUCCUACUGAAUCCUCAUGAGAGCAGGCUCUUAAAGCGUGUCCAAUUAGCAACCAAUCAACAGGAUCUUGUAAAUAGAAUAAGAAGGAAUGUAAAUCUCUCGAAUCAUUGUAAAGUUCUGAACAAUGUUUCCAUGUCCUCUUUGGUUUUAUUUUUUUUACACUAGCAUGCCCUAAUUCAUUGUACAAAAAAACAGAAUACCAACAAACUUAAGUGUAAAGUAUUAGGGUGAGCAAUUGUUCUGUCAGUGAGUUGAUAGACGCUUUAUUGGACCCAUGAAAUAAACAAUGACACACCUCCUUCUAUAGUCCUGACCUUGUGCAAUUAGCAAAUACUGUGCAUGAUCUAGAUAAAACUGUUUAUGUUUCAUUCACGCUAUGUCAAUGAUGGUGUUGAGUCCUAUUUCUUACCGUGAGUACAUUUUGAAACUGUUCAGAAUAAAUGUAUUUUUGUAUGACACAAUGUUUUUUUGCUGCAUUAUGUCGCAGUGGCAAAGACUGUAAGAAAACAAUGUACCAUGCACACAAAAGGUUUCAAAUUUGUCAACACAUGCUCUGCCCUGUGCUAUUAUUUUCAUGACAAAUACACCACACGGUGGCGCUGUUACUACGCCGUAAGAAUAACCGGAAAUAAUGGUUUAAAAACAUGGCCGCCAUCAAGCUAACAUAUGUGCAGGGGCGGACAAGACUUAGCAAAUACUUGUUCAGAAGUCUUUGACCAUUUGUCACUGACAUCCAGUGAGCUUCAUGACUCCUUUGGAGUUGGUCUACGCAAGUAGACCGAACCAAACAUACAUACAUACAUACAUACAUAGUGUGUGUAUAUGUCUGUAUAUAAACAGGUCAAGAGCCUUCCAUUUGACAUUUCCAUGUCCGAUUAGCAAGAACAAUGAUGUCACACUUAAAGACAUUACACGGGCUGCAGAACGUCAUUGUGUAUACAAAACGUUUCAGCAACAUUAUAUUGCACCAUGAUCCAACUGAAUACUCACCGAGUGCACUCAGGAGGCAGGCUGAGCUUGCGCACCAAAGCGAGAAGACACGCUCGUGGUGGCCUCAUCUCGGGUUU